ACACCCCGCGGGCUCAACUCCUACACUUCUUAAGUCCCUCCCCCUGAAACAGCCUCCUGCAGUUUCACUUAGCAAGCCGGCAGAGAACAGGUACUCCUCUCCCAGCAGUGACAGCUACAGCUCCCUGCCGCCGAUCGCCUCGGAGCUUUCCGACACCUAUGCAUCUGUUCCUGUGCUACCUGUUGCAAAAGCGUUGUUUUCCGGCACCCCCUGCUCCCCUGAGACACCACAGGAGUUGGCGUCCUCUUUUCACCUGGGAAAAAGGAUUCUAGAAACCUGAAAAACUGGAAACUUGAAGAGGCUAAAACAGAGGAAAGCUAACCACAAGAAAGUUUUUAUAAAGAAUCAUUAUAUUUAAUCAUUUAAAGCAGGAAAAAAAAUGAGUCUCCUCAAAGAACGUAAGCCAAAGAAACCUCAUUACAUCCCAAGACCGCCAGGAAAGCCAUUUAAAUAUAAGUGCUUUCAGUGUCCCUUUACUUGCAAUGAAAAAUCCCAUCUUUUUAACCAUAUGAAGUAUGGUCUCUGCAAAAACUCAAUUACUUUAGUAUCAGAGCAGGAUCGCAUUAUCAAGUGUCCAAAGACCACUUCCUUGGAGCCCAAACAGAUCAAUCAGCUAGAAUCUGCAGUCAAACCAACUUCUUCUAAAUCUAUCACAAAUGGACUGUCAAAUCUUGAUUCAAAGCCUCAGUAUCCUUUUGCAAAAGAAGAUGCCAAGGAAAACGUUGAAUUACAAAACCAGGUAACAAACACAUCAAUUCAAGGACAAAAACCUGCAACUCAGAAGGAAUUAACUCCUGCCAGUACUACAGCAGAAAGUGCCAUCAGCAUGCAGCCCCUUUUGGACAGCAUUGUAAGGCCCUCAGCUUUUGUUCCUGUAGGAGAACACAGAGAUAGUAAAGGCCCAGAAGGAAAUGAAGUAUCCGAAAUUAUAUCCCUUUCUAACAAAAGUUCACCUUUUCACGCUAAAUCUGCAUUUCAUGCACCAAAUCACCCAUGGAAAGCAGGUUCUCCUUUUCUCCCAGAGUUUCCACACAAAGUUGCUCCCACAAAAGGUUUUGGUUCCAUUUCACCUUAUAUGCAACCAAUGAUUCCAGAGUACUCACCCCAUUUUUAUGAGCAUAGGCUGGCUAUCUACGCACCUUAUUUGCUUCCAGGUAAUUCAGAGUGUGAAAGCUCUGCUCUCUCUGUCUACGGCACACAAGAUCAAAGACACUUUCUUCCCCACCCUGGGCCACUUCCAAAACCGAUAAAUCCAUCGGCAUAUGAACACUAUCGGUUGUUCCAACAAUAUCACUCCACUCCUCCAAUACCAUAUGGAUUUUGUAGGCCAACAGAUCCUCCAUUUUACAGAUUUUCACACGUAGCUGGUAUCAACAGAGAUCAAAGUUCUCACCUAAUGGAAGAAACUAGCUUGCUGUAUCCUGCUUCUUUAAGUCCAUCCCAACAAUAUCCUCUAAGCUCACAUAAAAAACAAACAGAUUAUGAAAAAGAAAUGACGUUGUUGCAUGCCAAAAGUCAUUCCAAAGAUGACCAAAAUGAAAGAGAGAGUGCGAAAAUGAGCCCUCUUGCAGGAAGUGCGGCAACAGGCUCUCCUGGUAGACCUAGCCCGACCAACUUCACUCAGACCAGCCAUGCUUGCGAAGGUUUAUUUGACCUCUCUAACAAGUCAUCUUCCACACUGCUUGGCAAAUAUGAUCAACCAGAAGAAAACUGCACAGCUUUCAGACCUGUGAGAAAAAGCACCGAUCAACCAACUCUACUUCAAAGCACACAGACCCAGCAAGACAGAGGAGAUUCACCUAGCAGCAUUAAUGUCACCGAUGAAGAUGCAUAUGUACCGAACGAAUGCCAUGACAACGAGGGUUCACCGUCCAACACCGAAGAUGACACAGGAGUAGCUCCCCUUAAUCUUUCAAAGAAGCCUGACACAAACACAGGACCUGUUCAUGAACAAGCGUACAAAAACACUUCCAAAGCAGAAAGCCAAAACUUUCUAGAACUGCAAGACAUGCCUCUGAAUCUCUCAGUAAAAGACUCCUAUAACACAGGAAGCCUGAAAACUGCAUUCCACAGUCCAGCUCAUGAAAACGGUGCUGCUACUUCUCCAAAACCCGAAAAUGAAAACACCACAGCAGACACACGUAACCCCAAGAACCCUAUUAGCAGUGCCAGUGACAAAUCUUCCUUCACAGCUCACCGUAAUGAAGCGCAAGAUUUGAGAAUAAUUGACAGCUGCGAUGAGCAGAAGCAAACAGCAGCGGUAGCUCUCUGCCAGCUAGCCGCGUACAGCCCCAGCAAAGUCAGAGUGGGCAACGAAGGGCAGAGUCCUCAGGACUGUAACGCUUCACGUACAGAAGCUACUCUUAACUCUUCUGAUACUCAGGAUACCCAAAGCAAUCAAAAAGCUAAAGGACAAAAAAGGACAAAUCAAAAAGAAUCAACAAAAUCACAGCAAGGCACUAAGAGAGUGAGGCCAAAUGACUGUAGCAGAGUCUUCACUUUAAGGAAGAGAACAAGAGUGUCAUAAUACUUCACUUUCCCAUGAGUUUCCAGUCACAAAGUUAGUUACCAGCAACAUCAGAAAAUUUCGACGUUCCAUCUCUUAUUAGGUUUGGUCCAUGAGAAGAUACAUUCAACUGUUACCAUGUAAAUAGAAAAUGUUCAUAAUUUUAUAUUAAUAUUUUUAAGUAAUUGAACUUUCCCUUGUAUAAGCUCAGAUUUUGAUGAGUGAAUUUUUGCAUUCAUUACUAAAACCAAAGUACAUGAGAUGACUCUUUAAGGUUUUAUGCAAUUGUAUUAUUGUAAAAUAACUUUUACACGUUCUUUUCUUACAAGAUGUUUAAGCUCUAGACACAAUGUUGUUCAAUCACAUAUUGUCAUAGUAUUUUUCAGGCUUAAUUUCAUUUAAUAGUUUUUUUUUCUUGAAAACUGUUUUUAUUUCACUGUGCAGUAGUUUAAACAAGCUUAAAAUUAAAUGUAGCUAUUUAGAAUUUACUGUAAAAACUGUUUUGCAUAUGAAUGCACUUCGCCAUUAUGCCGUAACGCAAAACAGACCAAAUUUUGCCAUUCAGAGGCAGAGACCGGUUUAAACAAACUGAACAAAACCUUGUAAAAGCAAGUUUUUCUUAUGUUGGCUAAGAAAAAGACUCAAUUUAAAGCAAAGUAAGCCUCCCAAACUGAAGUAGAACUAGCCGUAUCAACCUGCACCCAUUAAAAACAACAAAAAAAAACAGUUUAUGUUUACCUUUACCUGAACCACUAUGAAAACAACAUUGAAAAUUUCAAGAUCGAAAUGAUUUUGGUGCCUAAUUCUCUGAAGCUAGACACUGGGCAACCUUGAAACGCCAAGCCUAAAAGGAUAUUUAUAUAAUAAUUUAUUUCAGCUGAAGAAAACUCUCCUGGUGAAGGUUUUAGUCCAGUAAGCAUGUAUCACUAAUUAUCAGUUUCAGUGUACUUCUAUGUAUGUCCUAAAACUAUUUUUCUGCUUCUACAACUGUGUAUAUAAACUUGUAAUUUUUCAAAUAAAUCUGUGACCUGUACUUAAAA